GUUAUGUAUAUAUGAUUUUCUCAUGUCAGGUGUUGAUUACAAUCUUUGCUCAGUCUUUACUUUUUCCUAGCGGAUGUGUUUGAUCUUUUUCAUUACUAUUAUGGGCACAGUCACUAGGUGAGAUUUCCUGGUUUCGCAGCCGGGACAGGAGAAACGAGUCAACCAAGAUAUCAAUGGGGUAGUUACAUGAACACUAUUCUCCCCUUCAGCGUUGCAUCUUAACCAUUUCGCUCGAGUUAUAUACCAUCAAGAUGAUGCCAUCUAUUACUUGUAUUGCCAUGAUGGCAAUGCUGGUCUGUACGACUAGCAUCACAGCCUCUGAUUUACGAAUUCGUUCCCCCUAUGCAGUCAAAGACAGCCAUCGCGUGCCACGGCAAUGGACCCGACUCGGACCAGCUCCAGCACAACACUUAGUGCAAUUGCAAAUUGGAUUAAAGCAGAGUAAUUUCAAUGAACUCGAACGACAUUUAUAUGAAGUCUCCGAUCCAUCACAUCGUCGAUACGGCCAGCAUCUCUCUGCAGCAGAAGUAAAUGAACUAGUGAAACCUAGCGAGGAAGCUCUGAAAAAUGUUCAUGACUGGCUCCUCGACAAUGGCAUUGAAACAGAGAGCUUGGAAUAUAGCUCUGCAAAGGACUGGAUUCAAGUCACAUUGCCAAUUGAAUCUGUGGAGCGCCUACUAGAUACUCACUACUCUGUGUUUAAACACGCAGAUGGAACACGUCUCAUUCGAACCCCUCAAUGGUCGCUUCCUCUCGAUCUUCAUGAACAUAUUGAAGUCAUUCAACCUACCAACUCGUUCUUCCGCGCCAGGCCUAAAAGAUCAACACUCAAAGACUCUUCUGUUGAUUUCCAUUUCAGUCAAUCAGAUCUGAAUGCUCUCAAAAGCUCGAAUGACCCUCCCCUCGACAAGGCAUGCAAUUCCACCGCAGUGACACCUCUCUGCCUCCGAAAAUUAUAUGGUACUCUUGAUUACACGGUCCAGUCAUCUAAUUCGAAUCAAAUCGCAUUGACGAAUUAUCUUGGAGAAGCGAACAAUCGAUCAGACGUAGCCAUCUUUCUUCAACAAUUCCGACCCGAAGCUGCUGGAGCUGCGUACAACUUCACAGUUCAGGUUAUCGCAGAUGGUGAUGACCAACAGACCCCCAACAACGCCACUCAAUUGACUGCAGGAAAGGACACAGAGGGUAAUCUAGAUGCCGAGACAAUUCUCGCGAUGACUUGGCCUACGCCACUCACAGCGUAUAACACCGGUGGAAGUCCUCCUUAUACACCGGAUGCAUUGACUGUCAAUAACACAAACGAGCCGUAUUUAACCUGGUUGCAGUACAUCCUAGCACAGAAGGACAUCCCUCAAGUGAUCAGCACAUCUUACAGCGAUGACGAGCAAACCGUUCCUUAUUCUUAUGCCGUGUCCGUUUGCAAAGGAUUCGCCCAGUUAGGGGCCCGUGGAAUUUCCGUCCUCUUCGCAAGCGGGGACAACGGUGUCGGGGCGGCUGGUGAUUGCUUCACCAAUGAUGGCAAAAACACCACCAGCUUCCUCCCUGUAUUCCCCGCAUCCUGCCCCUACGUGACCGCGGUCGGCGCCACCCGGAACAUCAACCCCGAGAUCGUCGCCUUCGACGCCUCCAACAAAUUCUCCAGCGGCGGCGGCUUCAGCAACUACUUCCCCCGCCCCUCCUACCAAGACCCCAUCGUCCCCCCUUACCUCACCACUCUCCCCUCCCAACUCCACACCCUCUACAACGCCUCGGGACGCGGCUAUCCCGACAUCUCGGCCCAAGGCUACCACUUCCUCACCAUCUGGAACGGGACCAUCACGCCCCUCGACGGCACCAGCGCCGCGACGCCCACCGCCGCCUCCGUCAUCUCACUAGUCAACGACGCGCUGCUCGCGGCUGGGAAACCCGUGCUGGGGUUCUUGAACCCGUGGCUUUAUAAGGUCGGGUACAAGGCGUUUAGGGAUGUGGUGAAUGGGUCGGCGGUGGGGUGUGGCAUGGCUGGGUUCCCAGCGGGCGUGGGCUGGGAUGCGGCGUCGGGCUUUGGAACACCUUACUUCCCUGAUCUCCACGCCGUGGCUCUGAAUUCAUCUUCUUUCCGUCUCUCACCGAAUCUAUAUACCCUCUCCAUCACGAUCCUGGUCCUUUGUAUCAUGGUUGGUUUAUGAUGAAUGAGUGCGGGAAGAGAGAUGGGUUGGUGAUGUUAUAUAUGUUGGUAGGUAGGUAUGUAGAAAUAUUGAAAUGGUAUAAAAAUGAAAAUGAAGAUAAAC